GCGCCUGCCCAGGCCAAGCGCGAGGACCCUCCUGCGGAGGCGGCGGCUGCAGAGGCGCCAGCGGCCCAGAGCCCCGAGGGAGGCCCGCCGCAGGCGCCAGCCCAGGCCCCCCAGGAGGCCCAGCAGGCUGCCCAGCCCGCCGCGGAGCCGCAGGGUGCCCAGGGCGCUUCGCCUGGCGCUGCCAGCUCUGACGCUGGCCCUGACGCUGGUCGUGAAGCCGCUGGCAAGGAGCUGGCGGAGGCCUUGCAGCGCGCCAGGGCUCGCAGGGCGGAGGCAGUCGCCAAGCCAGUACCUCUUUAG